AUGGGCAUCGUCGGCAAAAUUGACGAGAAGACUGGCACUGAUCAUGUUGAACAUGUCAGCUCGCAGCAAAACACGCUCGAUGAUCUCGACACCAUAGAAGAGACCAAAACCGGCAAGUUCGCAUGGCUGGUUUCCAUCACAGCAGCCAUCGGUGGUAUGCUUUUCGGAUACGAUACCGGUAUCAUCAGCGCCGUCCUAGUGUAUAUUGGAACAUCUCUUGAUCACAAAGUCUUGACUUCAGGCGAAAAGGAGCUUAUCACAUCCAUCACAUCGGGUGCAGCUUUCUUUGGUGCAAUUUUCGCUGGGCUCACGGCCGACAAGUAUGGACGCAAGCCAGCUAUCUACGUUGGAUGCGUUUUAUUCAUCAUCGGAGCAGUCUUACAGGCUGCAUCGUUCAGUCUUGCGCAAAUGACAGUGGGCCGCCUUGUUGUAGGAUUUGGGGUUGGAAGUGCAGCUACGAUUGUGCCCAUGUAUAUCGCCGAGGUAUCACCAGCCAAGUACAGAGGCCGCAUGAUUGGAUUGGACAACAUGUCGAUCACCGGUGGCCAGCUCAUCUCUUAUGGUAUCGGUGCCGCUUUUGCUAGCACACGCGGAGGUUGGCGAUACAUGGUGGGUGGCGGUGCGAUCCCCGCGAUAGUACUUUGUGCCCUUCUGCCGUUCUGUCCAGAGUCACCUCGCCAGCUUAUCUAUCACGGGAAGGAAGAUGAGGCAAAGGAUGUGAUCCGCAAGAUUUACCCCAACGGCAGCGAAGAACAGGUCAACCAGAAAUGCGAACAUAUCAGGAUACACAUCGAGAUCUCAAAGCAGAUGACUGCAGGCAAAAGUCAAUGGUGGGUCUUCAAGCAACUCUACGUCGUCCCGGCAAACUUCCGCGCUCUGGUCUCAGCAUGCGGACUCAUGGCCAUCUCUCAGCUUGGCGGAUUCAACUCAUUGAUGUACUAUUCUUCGACGCUUUUCGCACUGGUUGGAUUUUCCAAUCCGGUAGCUGUGGGAACCGUCAUUGCUGGGACCAACUUCUUCUUUACUUGGGUCAAUCUUAUGCUUGUCGACCGUGUUGGACGUCGCCGAAUCUUACUCCUCACAAUGCCUUUCAUGGGUCUGUCUUUAAUCCUCGCCGCCAUCGCUUUCCACUGGAUUCCAGUCAAUCAUGACUUGACCCUCAAGGCUGGUGUCAGUGUUGGGGUUCCAGCUAAGUUGGUUCUCGUUUGCAUGGUUAUCUAUGUUGGCUUUUACUCCUCAGGAAUGGGCAACACCGCAUGGCUCAGCUCCGAGUUCUUCCCAAUGGAGAUCCGGGCGAUGGGAACUAUGAUGUUAACCAUGACAUGCUGGGGCUCAAACGUCAUUGUGGCCAGUACGUUCCUUACCCAAAUGGAGAAUACCACGCCUUCGGGUGCUUUUGGAUUUUAUGCUGCGAUCUGCAUUCUGGGCUGCUUCCCAUGCGUCUACUUCUGCUACCCGGAGGUUAAGGGGAUGACUCUUGAAGAUAUCAGAGAAAUAUUCUCUCACGGCUUCGGCGUCAAGAAGGCGCAAGAGCUACAGAAAGCACAAAAGCAAGGAUCCAAACAUAGAAUUGAAGCAUGGGUAUAA